GUUCUUCUCCUGCUGUCUACACCAAUGCUGGUAUAUUCAGCCUUCACGAUCACCAUUCCAUCAUCCAGUCUGCUCCCCAAUCCCCACGCUCUCCCCGCUGGAACCCAUGCGACGUUGACCACGCUUCCCUCAUCGCCCUCGUCGCCCUCGCAGUUGACUGCGUCCCUCACUCGCUCUGCGACAUUCGUCUUCGCCAAUAUCCCUGCCCAUUCGAAGCCUCAAUCCUAUAUUCUCGACAUCCGCUCGCCGGAUGUCAUCUUCGCCCCGUACCGCGUGGACAUUGCCGCUGAUGGAAGCGUUCUCGGCAUCUGGGAGACCUUCCGCGCGAACCCCUGGGAUAAUAGAGGCCCGGAGAAGUACAUCCUCGAUGUCACUACUGCCGCUGGGCAAGAUGGAGCUGUCUCUGCUGCAACCACGCCCGAUGUGACUGUCGAGGCCCGAGUCCUUGCCCGGAGAAACUUCUACGAGGAACGCCCAAGGUUCUCGCCCUUGGCGCUGUUCAAGAAUCCUAUGAUCCUACUAGCUUUGGUCGCUUUGGGAUUUACAUUUGGCAUGCCGAAGUUGAUGGAAAACAUGGACCCCGAGAUGCGUGCCGAAUUCGAGAAACAAUCUCGCUCCUCCCCGAUUACGGGUGCCACACGCAGCGCCAUGGCCGGCGGCGGAGCGCCCGGCAAUUUCGACUUGGCAGGAUGGAUGGCUGGAGCCACUCCCAGGCCCGCGCCCGGUGCUGACGAAGUUGCUGCGUCGGGCAGAGAUAGCGGGGGUGCUUCUCGGAGAAGAGGAUAG